AUGAUGGUUUUCGUUAACACAUACGUUAAAAUAAUGUACAAAUACUUUUUUUUAACAUUAUUUUUUGAAGGAGUAAAACUGUUAACAUAUGAACAAUUGAAUUCAUCAAAUAGUUCAACAGAUUUUAUUCAAUGGACAGAUGAUGUAUGGCAUCGAACAACAAUUUUAUUUUCAAAAACAUUCCCAUUUAAUCGUCAACGGUAUACUAAUCUCAAUUUUCACAUACAUAUGAAUGAUUGGUCAUUUGAGUUAAAAGCAGAUGAUAGAGAGUGGGUGGAAUUGCAUGUUUUUCUUAAUCCUUCGAAAACCUUAGAUAAUUCAACUUAUAUCAACAUCGAAAAUAAAUGUGAUAGUCCUAUAAUUGUACCAAUAUCAAACUCAACAGACAUAUUCAUACCAGAAAUUUUACAAAUGGAUGACCGUAUCAAUCAAUAUUUUAAUCAUACGUUACCAUAUCGUACAACUAGUUUCAUUCAUUGUAAAAUAGAUGAUCAACGAUUAAACAAAACCGAUCAUCUGAUUAAUAUUCAAUUGGAUAUUUAUCUAAUUACCAGUAAUCAAUUUCAGAGUAUUAUCUACUUGGAAAUAUCAAAUGAUACACGAGAAUUUCUCAUUGAAAAUCAGGCACGAAUUUGGAUGCAUAGUAAUAGAAAACAAUUACAAUUUAAUCUGAAUGCAUCUGAAAUAAUAACACAGACAAACGAUUCAAAUAGUGGUCAUUUUUUACAUAUGAUUAAGUUAUACAAACAACAAUUACGCGAAAAUACUGGAUUAAAAUUAAUCAAUAUUUCUAGAAUUCAUUGUCUUGUUUUUGCUUGCAUUUUGUUGAUAAUGAACCGAAAGUAA